AUGAUACACAUUUUCAACCACCCCCACCCCGCCAUGUCUUCCUCAUCUGGUACAUCUCUUCGCGCGCAGACAUACCAUGGCCUCUUCCGUAAAUGUUUGCUCAAGCGCACACCCGUUGAUACAUUCGGAGAAUACGUCUCCCAGCUGUUACUCAAAUCUCCACUCCCGUCCUCUUCAAUAUGCCCUAUACUACUUUCUCCAAGUGUUUCGUCCAGAGUCGACCCCCUGCACCUGGAGUACAUCCAGUGUUUAGUUGAAAAAGACAUCGUCAGCCUCCCAGACGUUUUGGUUGCACUAUUGUGUACGUCUUCUGCCAGGCCUGCAGUGUCAACAUCGUCUUCCUCAGGUCACGGUGCUACGGGUGGAGGCAAUGGCAUGAAUACAAACCGGGAAGCUCUAGAAGAGGACAUUUUCACAGUUCUGGCGACAGUCGUGAGAGAGCAUAAACCAAGGUCAAACGACUUUGUAUGGGCUACUAUUCAGGCAUUGAGUGACUGGAUGGAGGCUGUUAUGGCUGCUAGUGGAGCGGGAAUGCUAGAUGAACCCGGGGACGACGUUUCGGGAAUGACGGGAUCUAUGGAUGUCGGAAAAGGACGGUUGGAAGCAUUGGCUGAGCUUACUAUUGCUAUUGGAGGUAAUGAGGAUGUGAGAAGAAUACUAGGGGAAGGAGGGAGGAAGGAGAGAAAAUUGAUGUUUCAAACAAGCUUGAGCUUGUUUAUGCAAUAUAUCCAAGUCCAAAAUCCGACGCUGGCCGCCAGGAUGGACGCCUUAUUUCGGCAUCAGCAGAGCCAGCAGAGCCCACAGCAGAACAGAAACCAGCGAAGCACUAAGGGUGCUGAAACGAUUGACGGAAUGAUGAUGGGGAUGGGCGAUGGGGCGGAUAAUGAACCAGUAGUCUGGGCAAGGGGUGGGCUGUUUGUCUGGCUUAAUGGUUUGUUGGCGGGGCGACCGCAGGUUGACGAUGAAGCGGUGAUCGGAUACCUUUAUAGCAGAUACAGGAACGAUAUUAACACUCUUCUUGUGGACUUCGUAACUGCUGUUCUCGAUGUGUUAUCUAAUGCCAUUCUUCGUAGUGAAGCAGCUAGCACGCUAUUUCUUCUCCGUUCUUUUCUCACAAACAAGGUCCCUAUCUUGCUGUCGCGUCUGUCGCCUUCUCCGAUGACUGCAUCUUAUGCUCUUUCUCAGGCUCUUCUCAGGACGGAUGCCUCUACCCUUGCCAACCCCCCGCCUUCCUCGUUCGAUCCUUAUUCCCGCGACACGAGCCCGAACGCGGAUAUGUUAUUCAAUACCCUAGUAGACUUAAGGCAGGAAUUUCUCUUUGCCUGCGCGCUUCAUGGGGUUGUAGGGGAAGAAGAUAUCCAAGGUAUCAUAGGAGAGUUGCCACUUGGGGCAUUGCCUGUUGCCGGAAGAUACGAUGCAGGGGAUUUAAUGAAUCAAUGUGCGAUGGACCCCGACAGAGUGGAAAGGUUGCUUGAAGAAAUCGAGGGUGUCGAGGGAAACUCGGGGGCUGUUGUUAGAGCUGUUGUCGAGAUUAUGCGGAACAUGUGUGAACAGAAAGAGACCAUGCCACUUAGGAGUAUAUGCAGCUUUCUGGCGAGGAAAACAAGUAGUUUGGAUGUCAUGUUACUUUUUGUCAAACCGGUAUACCUUUUGGAGCCAUUAUGCGAACUGCUGGAUACUUGGAGAUAUGAAGAGGACCAAGGCGAAUAUCAACCAGUAUACGAGGAGUUUGGAUACAUCCUCCUUCUAGUCACCGACCUGACAUCAUCUAGCGCACCAAAUACCGAUUCUUUCAUCCCUCAGCUUCUGUCCAAGGGAUCUACAAGCCAAAGGAUCGAGAACUUCGAGUCGUCAGAUAAACAUGCGCAACUUGGAGGAUGGAUCCGGGAGAUUUUUGAAGGUGAAGGGAUAAGUGACGGUCUUAUGAGCUCUUGUAGACCCCAGGAUUUUUACAGACUGGUACCAACAUUAUUCAUGCAGUCUGUGAUGGCUUGUGAACGUGGAGUUUUAGAUAUAGAUACCCUGAAGGAGGGGUUUGCAUUCCUUCUUGAAGCCUUCCUACUUCCCUCUCUAGUAGGCGGCCUCGGGUGGCUAGGAAAUCAUCUAUGGGAAUCUCAUGAGGAUAUUUCCAUUCCAGUCCAGAUUCUCCACUCCCUUUUGGUGCCAUCAAGUAUCUCCUCCGACGCCUCAGAAGUUCACAAAACUGUGAUUUCCAUAUCCGCUAGACAUCUUGAGCGUGUGCUCAGAGAGCUAGCCCGGCGUGGGACCGCGGGUAGCCAUCAAAGUGCUGUGGAAGGGCUCGUUGCAAACCUGCAGCCAUACACCUCUUUCAAGCGUAACGGUGCGGCUACAAGGGAUGAGCUUGAGAACUGGACCCACCAUGCUGGCGGUGGUGGUCUGGUGCAGUCACUGGGGCUUGCAUUCCAGAGCCUGGUAAAUUGGAGCACGAGCCAAGGCGACAUCAAUAUUGUUCGACCGAGCGCGACCUAUACGCAUCGUCUGAUACUCGCUACUUGGAGGGUCUCGGGAGCAAGAAACACAGUCGGAGCAAUCAUCAGCGAGGUAGUCAAGUGUCGGAUCCAGGGCACGGCUCAAGGAUACGCCGAGGAUGUUGCCAUGAGCAUGAUUCUGUCCAUGGGUCCCCCAACAGAAGAAGGGGGAACCGGGGGAGGGGGUGGAAAGAUGGGGCUUUUAGAAGCUUUAAGGGCCGAAGAGGCGGAAGAAAGCGGGAACGAAGGUGAUAAAGCUGAAGCAUUGAGAAGCGUUUUGAGGAAGGUUGAGACCCAGUUGACGCCAUUCAGCCCUGUGCAUCAGCACGCUGCCGUUGGCGGUGGAGUUGAUGCUACAGGUGGGCAACAACCGGGUAUGGGUGUUGGUGGAGAUACCCAAGGCGUAGAUCUUGAUCUUGCUAUGGGAGAUGAUGGAAUGGCCGGAUUGUUGGGUGAUGGAGGGCUUGGGGAAGGGGAGCUUAUGGGAAGUGGGCUGUUGGGUGAUGUUUCAGGAAUGGAAUUAGUGUAG